AACAUGCAUGUCAUUGAAAGGAGCAGGAUCAUCUCGGAGUCAAUCUUCAGUCUGCAUGGAAUAUCUACUCUGAUAUUCAUAUAUUUGCUGUUAGCACCAGUUGCAUCUGAACAUCUAGUCACUGGCAUUAUAGGAGCAUCUAUUCUCUUGCCCUGUGACCUGAAUUUAUCCAUCAACCCAGCAAGACUCCGGUUCCAUUGGCAAGAUCAUUCAGACGUCGUGUUGUACUCGUUCAACAAAGGAGUUGAGCAAGAAUAUCAGAACAAACUUUACACAAACAGGACUAAUGCCUUUCAGGUUGAGAUGAGUUCUGGGAAUAUCUCUAUCAAACUCAGCCAAGUAACACCUCAAGACAACAAGAACACCUACUGGGCCUUGGCUUCGCUGUUCGACAGUAAUGAUCAAUAUAUCCAUGUCACCAAAGUGUGUCAGACUACCCUGCUUGUGGCAGCACGGUUCCUGACACCCAAAUUGACUGUGAACUACAAAGAGAUGAACGCAAUGUGUUUGACCCAGGGAGGAUAUCCUAAACCAAAGGUCACAUGGACCAUUCAGGAUCUCUCACAGCCUCAGAACUGCACUCUGGACCCCAGGGAAGUACAGACCAACAUUACACUUGAUCCUGAAAGUGGACUGUACACUGUCUGGAGCCAAGUGAAUUUCACAGAGAUCUGAGAAAGCAAUUACUUUAAAAACAUUUUUGAAUACAGGUCUGAGGAAGUGAUUACUUUUCUGAAACUAUUGGAUUGGCUGCCUUCAACUAAUGUCAGGGCUGCAUCUGGAACUGCAUGUUGAAGAUACAAAUAGAAUCAAUAGAGCACACACAAUCUCCUAUACUAUUCCAAUCUGACAGUCAUACUGUAUUUGAUCUACACAAUACAUUUAUAUCUAAAACAUUCUGUAAUAUGUCUAUUGCCCCAGGAGUACAUAAGUCAAAACAUUUAACCAAUUAUAUUUUAUAAAUAAGUAUAAAUAAGUUAUGUCUUU